GCCACAUCUUAGCAGAACUCGGAUAAAAACUCGAUGAGGUUGGACAAUGGAAUGGAUGUACUGAUUCGAUGUUUUCUCUGCGCGCAGCCAACAUGCAAGGCAUUGUUUCUCGCUGCAAGAGUGUUCUAUUCUCCAGCUCAACACAGGCUUACAAGGGUCUACAUUUCAAACCGAAUGUGGGAGCCGUAUACCAUUCUCGUUACCAGUUCCUCAGACAAUUAGGUUCCGGUCAACACUCAACAGUCUGGUUGGUGAAAGACGUGACAAAGUCUGGAAACCUUCUUGCUAUCAAAGUCUUGACCGAUGAGGUGACGUCGUAUCAGGGCAAGCAUGCAUUUGAACUCGACAUCUUAAAGAAUAUUCAAGCCCACGCGAAGUCCUCGACCCACGCUGGAAUUCAUCACCUCCUCACUCUCCAGGAUUACUUUUAUGAGCGUGGGGAUGAGGGAGAACACCUCUUCCUCGUUACAGAUGUACUUGACCGUACGCUCCUGCAGGUUCAACAGAGCGCAAAUUCUCGCAAGUUGCCUAUGCCACUGGUGAAAAGCAUUACACGUCAGCUGCUAUUGGCAUUGGACUUUCUUCAUGAUGUCUGCCAAGUUGUACACACUGAGCUUGAGACGAACGAGAAUGAGAACACUGCGGAGAUUCCUGACGCUACAAGAAGAGUAAAGCUUACCGAUUAUGGGACAGCUAUGCCUUCUUAUACGAAGCGUGAACGUCUCAUUCAACCUGAGGCGCUUCGCGCACCUGAGGUCCUCCUCGGAUGUACCUGGGGGCCGAGCGCGGAUAUAUGGAACUUAGGAUGCCUGAUCUUUGAGCUCCUUACUGGGGGAUGUCUGUUCCGACCAUCAGAUGGCCCUAACUACACAGCUUCCCAACAGCAUUUGGCAUCGAUAUUUGCUAUAGUUGGACUCGGACAGGAUGUCACUCGGCAGCGUUUUCUCCCAUUUGCCAAGAAAGGUUCGCAUUACAGAACCUACUUCAACGAAGCAGAUGGUAUUCGUCUAGCGUUUGAAGCUCCCGAACCCUUACAACGGGUCUUGGAAGUGUAUCACAUCAAGGACGACAUGCUUCACGAUCUUCUUUCCUCGAUGUUGCGCAUCAUUCCAGAUGAUCGCAAGUCCGCGAAAGAGUUGCUAUCUCAUCCGUGGCUUUUGUAACCAUGAUUCAAAUUAUCGCCUUCAUUUGAAACAAGCUAUCAAGGAAGUGUCCUUGAUAGGAAUGUAUAAUCCCUGAUAGCGCUGCCAGAGAAUCAUAAUUACUCAUUGACAUCUUCCGUCAUGGUGGCUGCUCUCAUUUAUGUUGAAGGUGUCAACUGUUUCUAUUGACAGUGACGAUUUUUCUCUCGAUGGGAGAUACAAAAGUCAUACAUCGAAUAAUCCGUGAAAUAACUGGUUGGGCCGUCAUCUCGUUCUUUACAAGAUUCGGGUUAUAGGAGUGUGUUGAAGACGGACCACUGAACGUGUAAGUACCAUGCCUGCAUUAUUUGAAUACGAGGAACACACGCAACGAGGCAUCUGUUGGGUGUUUGCAUCAAGAACGAGCAGCAUACACAUCUUGCUGUCAGCUAAUAACGGUAUUCCUGGUUGAAUAGGCCGAACUGACAUCGUCUUCUAGGACAGCCACGCCUCAUAAUAUGAUGCUGGAUCCUGCUAUCCUCUGUGAGUAGGGAAUGCUCAUACUCAUGCCAUGGUCUCAUUGCGUGUCUGGCCUUGACGUUCCCCAUCGUCGGAUAUUACAGUAUUGGGCGAAGAUAAGCUCAAAUUCAUGCAUUCAAAAUCUAUACUUACAACCUUCUAUCUUCAUUAAUUGUCUCGUCCACUCGCGAGAUACAUUCUCAGUUCGGGUGCGACAGGACGUCCCUUCGUCAACGUCAUACCCAGAUAUUCAUUUUCUCGCUAUUGAUCCAUCAGCAAAACUCAAAAAAUCAUUUUGCCCAAC